CGGCUCCCCGGCCCUGGGAGGAGGCGGCGGCGGAGGGACCCCGGGCGGGAGGAGGAGCCGCUGCCGCCACGGCCGCCGCCGCCGAGGGCUUCUCGUUCCGCCGCCGCGCUGCCCGGAGGGGUGGCCGCGCCGCGCCCCCCGCCCCGCGAUGCCGCUCUUCGCCACCAACCCCUUCGACCAGGAUGUGGAGAAAGCAACCAGUGAGAUGAACACUGCAGAAGACUGGGGCCUCAUCUUGGACAUCUGUGAUAAAGUUGGACAGUCACGCACAGGGCCUAAGGACUGUCUCCGUUCUAUUAUGAAGAGAGUGAACCAUAAAGAUCCCCAUGUUGCUAUGCAAGCAUUAACACUUCUAGGUGCAUGUGUAUCAAAUUGUGGCAAAAUCUUUCAUUUAGAAGUCUGUUCAAGAGAUUUUGCCAGUGAAGUAAGCAAUGUGUUGAAUAAGGGUCAUCCAAAAGUUUGUGAAAAGCUGAAAGCCCUUAUGGUGGAAUGGACUGAUGAAUUCAAGAAUGACCCACAGCUUAGUUUAAUAUCUGCUAUGAUAAAAAAUCUUAAGGAGCAAGGAGUUACUUUCCCAGCUAUUGGUUCACAGGCUGCUGAACAGGCAAAAGCAAGUCCAGCUCUAGUUGCCAAAGAUCCUGGUACAGUAGCCAACAAAAAGGAAGAGGAGGAUUUAGCUAAAGCUAUUGAACUGUCACUAAAAGAACAAAGGCAACAGCAAACAGCACUUUCCAGUUUGUACCCAAGCACCUCAAGCCUUUUAACAAAUCACAAACAUGAGGGCCGAAAGGUUCGUGCAAUCUAUGAUUUUGAGGCUGCUGAAGACAACGAAUUAACUUUUAAAGCUGGAGAACUUAUAACUAUCCUUGAUGACAGUGAUCCAAAUUGGUGGAAAGGGGAAACUCAUCAGGGUAUAGGAUUGUUUCCGUCUAAUUUUGUCACAGCUGAUCUUUCUGCUGAGCCAGAAAUGAUGAAAGCUGAGAAGAAAACAGUGCAGUUCAGUGAUGAAGUUCAAGUAGAGACAAUAGAACCUGAGCCUGAACCAGUUUAUAUUGAUGAAGAUAAAAUGGACCAGCUCUUGCAGAUGUUGCAAAGUGCAGAUCCAUCUGAUGACCAGCCAGACCUCCCAGAAUUGCUUCAUCUUGAGGCAAUGUGCCACCAGAUGGGACCUCUCAUAGAUGAAAAGUUGGAAGAUAUAGACAGGAAACAUUCAGAACUUUCAGAGCUCAAUGUUAAAGCAAUGGAGGCUCUUUCUUUGUAUAACAAAUUGGUGAAUGAAGACCCAAUGUAUUCUAUGUAUGCAAAACUACAAAACCAACAGUAUUAUAUGCAGUCAUCUGGUGUUUCUGGCUCUCAGGUCUAUCCGGGGCAACCUCAAAGUAGUGCAUAUUUGGUGGCAGGGAGUGCACAGAUGGGCCAUCUACAAGGCUACAGUCUUCCUCCUGAACAGCUCUCCUCUCUCAGCCAAGGCACAGUUACUCCAUCUGCCAGCUCCAUACUGCCUGGUCAGCCUGCACAGACGUCUUACACAAAUGCAAUGGUUGGCUCUGUUGCUGGAAAUACUUACUCUAACCAGGCUUCAGUGUAUAGUCCGCCACCUGCUACUGUUGAUGUUGCUGCUUAUCAAAAUGCUGGAACUAGUAUGUCCCAGGUGCCAAACUAUAACUUAGCAUCAACACCUCUGCCACAGACAGCAGGCAGUCAACAAACACCUCCACAACAACCACAGCCUCCAACACCUCAACAACAACAGCAUAGUUACUCACAGAAGGCUCUGCUAUAGGAUCCAGGACUUCUGAUUCCUAAUCUUCUGUAACCUCUGCUGAAGGCAGUUGGCAGUUCUAUGAGUUUCUUCCUUUAAUCUCUUCAACUUUGUUUAUCCUCAGCUUAAUAAGAAUCUAUCUUGGUGAACAAGUUCAAUUUGCACUGACUUUUUAGGAUUUUUUUUUUUAAUUUUGCAGAGGAACAGAUAUAUUAAGGACAUUUAAUUCCUUUUAAAAUGCCUAAAAAUUGGUACAAGAUUAUUUAUGUCUGGUAAAAUUGGCUAGUCUGUGAAAACUCAACACUUGCAAACUGUUGUGGCAUAUAUGUUAUGUACAUAUAGUGUGUGAUUGCAAUAGUGGCCAUUUUGUAUAGCUAUGGUGAUCAUGUGAAUAUAUUUAACACAAUGUUUAAAAAUAAUUUACUAUUUUAUUUUAAUCAUGAACUGACAACCAUGUUUCAUAGUUUUGUCUAGUUUUAUGACAGAUGUGAUGUAUUUCUGAUAAUCCUGCAUAUCAUGGUUACACUUACAAGCUAAGAUCUAUAUAUGAAUUUACAAACUUAUCUGAGUCUAGGUUUCAAUACUUUUUGAAUUGAACACAAGUGUAUCAUGACUAUUAGAUGGCUUGUCUACCAAAGUAAACUAGUAAACUAGUAAGUGAUUUGGGGGGAUAACAGCAAAUUAUGAUUCUGCUUCAGAUAUAAUUAAUAACUAAAACCUACUAUUCAGAGGCUGCUAAACAUAUCGUGGGACCAUGCAACAGAACAGGAUCUUGCAUUUUAUCAUGAGAAGCAUGUAAUUUAUUUUUUCCAUGUUGUUUUCUAUGGUGAGAACCAGAACUGUAUUCUAUGUGUGUUGGUAGAGAUUACACCAAAGACAGAGGAAUUGAGUUGGAAGAGAAACGAUGGAGUUUUAAACUGGAACACACAACAUGAAUGACACUACUUUACUCAAGUCUUCUUAAUUAGAACAUGGAGAAUUAUGGACAUUUAAGUCACUUUGCUGAACAAACCUUCAGGGCUUUAUUUUAUCUCUUGUGGCCUUGCUUAGCAAUUUGUUGUGCUUACUGUUCUUACACAGACACUUCUGCCUUAAACAUCUGUUUCAAUUUCCAGUUGUACCAUUUGAGUUUGUUAGCCCUUCUACAGUAUGAAUAGUUUAUGAGUCAUCUUAUUUUCAUUCACUUUCAGGUUGCUUCGGAUUCUCUUCUGCAGCAGCAUGCAUUAGCCUAUUUUAAACCCUUGCAUUUCUCAGUAACUUAGCCAGGUGGCUCUUUAAGGCAUGAUAUUUUCUUUCUAUAGCUGAGGUGCUGCAAAAGGAACAUGGCAAUUGAAGGCAGCAUUUUAGAUAUUCUUGUUCAGAGUUUCUUGUACAAAGAGUGUUGUAACUUUUGCAUUUGUAUUCAAUCUAUUAAUGCAUCCUGGUUUCCUCAUCUCUUCCAUUGACUCUAUUUCCACUUAGAGCAAUACUAGAUAGCUUCAACAUCAGAUCCACGUUUUCAGUCUUGUUAGUGUACAUGUCAGAAAUUGUUUGCUUUUGUGUACUAUAUUUUAGUGUGAUGCUUCUGGAAUUAAAUGUUGCCAUUGUACAUUAUACUAUAAGCUGACCUCAAUUAUCGCAUACACUCCUGCAUCUGUUUGCAGUUACCUAACAUGUCUUUGUUUCACUGUUUUCAUAGACACUGGUGUUUUGCUUUUAACGCUUUCAGAUGACUACUUUGCAUAACUUCUAACUGGGGUGGUUACAAUGCGCUUAUAGCUGAUGUGUUCCAGUCGGGGAUGUUCUAGCCAACUGGCAGUUUUGGUACUAGUAUCUUCACGUAUUUUUUUUUCUCUAGAAUUCUUAAGCACCCUCACAAACUGUCAUUACUUCAGCACUUGGUGUCAUCAAAAAAGUAUGUGGAAUUUGAAAGGAAAUAUAAAAAAAAAAUAAUAAUCCAAGAUACUGUGUCAUAGAUAAUUUUUUAUAGAUCAAAGAGGUGGUUUUCUUUAGAAAGAGCAUGUAGUAUAAUUUAGAUAGUGUUCUGUAUACUUUAGGUACCUUAUUCCAAAACCAGAGAAGCAAUGUGUAUGGAAGAGUGUAACUUCUACACAAAAUUGUCCAGCUGGCAUUGACUAUGUGUAUUCUUAGGUGGUCACAUGUUCCCUGCUAAGGGCCUAUGGAAUCUCUGUACAGAAAUGACUCAACAAAUCUAUUUUUUGUUACUAAUUUAUCUUAGUUUUUAAAAUUUUUGAAGUAGUCUUUCAUUAACACACAGAAAUGCUCAUUACUGGUUUCUCCUUUGAACACUGAAAACUUGGGUGUAUUUUAAGUCUGCUUUCCAACUUAUUUUGGGCAUUUACCCAUCUUUAAGAAAGUCAAAAUCACCUUUCUUCGUGUUCAUCAUGACCAAAACCAACUUUCUAAAAUGCAACGCCACUAUAAAUUCAGUAUAAUGAAAGCUGUGAAAAAAAGGUGGAUGCUUUUAAUUUUUAUUUUCUUCACGCCUUUGUUAGAGUCACUGGUCUAAGUUAUCUCCUGUAACAAGUUGUGAAUUUUAGUUGACUUAAAAUCUGUUUUCAUUGUCCACGGUUGGUGCGGUAGAUCACUAGGUGUUAAGGUUCAGAGUUUUAGCAGUUCUGUUGCAUCCUAUGUUUCCCAUUUCAGAUGCAAUUUUCAGAUUAAAUUGAAUUUGGAGCUGUGUUACUUCAAGUUGAUUAUUUUUAUUUAUCAGAAAAUAUAAUUUUGCUUUCUCGCUUGGUUGUGUCCCAUGUGCUAGAUGCUUUAAAGUGAUGCCUCCUCCUACCUUGCUAGGUGCUGUCAUUGCACUAGUUCCUUCACUCAUCCUCUUGUAUACUUUCUAAAUGAUAAUUCAGCAAUUAUAUUUGAGUACUCCUCUGCUGGUUUGGUGUCAUGAACCUGGAGAUGCCAUUGCUGGUGCUUCUCUGCUGUGAUUUAUUCUCAGAUUCCUCAUGUAUGCAUUGUUUUGACUAAGUUCACAUACAUUCUGUCUUACUAUUGAACACUUAGUGUUGAACACUGAAAUCUGGGUGAGGGGGAAAGUACAUGUACAGCUGCUGUAUGGGAAAACUUUUUAGCAAAUAAAGUUUCAGGAAGUUAAUCUAUUUGGAAGUUAAUAAUCCUUGGAAAUGCUGUGUUAUUCAUGUUCCAAUAGAAGACCUAAUUUUUGAAUGUCUUGUUUCUUUACAUGUAAAUUGUCAAUGAAAAGCUAAAAUGUUUUCAUAAUGUUUUAUAUAACACUUUGUUAUUUAACCCUUUUAUUAAGGACUACAAAAAUGUUAACUUCAGAAGGGUUUUUUUUAGUGGCUUGGUUAUCGUGAACUGGAGCAAACUGUGGAAAGUGCCUUCUGUGCAUUUCAGUUCUAUAAACAAAGCUUGUUUACCUAUGUGUAUCAUCUCAAUUUAUGUGCACAUAACAAAGAUGUCAAGACUUACUGUAAAGCAUCCCAGGAAAAAUAACUGAGGCAGUGUGUUAAAAUUUGCUACGCUGAUGUCAUGGCAGUGUGUUCCACAGUGGGCAGCUGCAGGAACAGUGGCAACGUAUUUACCCAUCUCUGUUUAGUCACUGGCACCCAUGUAGAUGUGUGUUUAAUGUCACCAGCCAAAGGACAUACAAACAGCAGUAAAACAGCAGUAAAAAGGAACAAAAUAUACAAAUUACUGCAUGCUUCUCAACAGGUGUGGAACAGCAUAUUGCCCUCAUGGUAUAGCUACUGUUCGUGAAUUUUGAAGCAGAGGGAGCUGAAAUGAAUUUGAGUAACCAGAACUUCAGAGAAAUCUGUCAGAUUGCAAAUGCUUAGAUGCAACAAUGGAGAUAAAUUUGCUUUUAGUAGCGCGUACAUAUUUUGCUGACCAAGUCUAGGCUGCUAUUAUAGUUCUCUGAUUUCAUCUAGAUGGCAGGAACAUCAGAUUUACACUGGAGAACUGCUUAAUACCUCAUUCUCCAACUUUUUUAGUAUAUUCUCUAAUAUCACCUUAUUUUUCACUCAUAUUUCAAAGAUAUCUGUGCAGUCGUUAAAUAUAAAAGUCUUACACCUUGUCUGCUGGAUUUCACAGACAGAAUGAAAAAGAAUAUCUCUAAUUACAGCAGCUACAAUGGCGCUUUGGGUUACGUAACUGCAGAUUCCUUUGGAGAAGAUGUAUGUAUCUGUUUUGAAGAACGUGGGAGCAUAAGUUUUCCAGUUAAAAACUGGGAGGAGAUUUUUUUAAAGAAAAAGGUGAAGUAAAAGUACAAAAAACUGUUGCUAACAGCAGGCAGAAUCAUUUUUUACUCUGUUAUUCAAUCUUAGUAAAGCUGACCGACUCUACACUACAGCUAGUCCUUUUUCAUUUUCAGCUGCAAUGAAGAGUAUUAACCUUCAUGUGUAUACUAUCUGACACAUAUCCAACAAAUAAAACAUGGGAAGGCCUUGACAUUUGGACUUUUUGCUUCAAUAUGUAAAAAACACUAUGUACAUUUUUGAAGCCUGUUUCUUAAAUAAGGAUGUUUGUGUUUAAGAGCAUUCCAUUUCCUACUAUGUAAAAUUGCAGAUUUAAAGUUCACUUUUCAUUCUGCUACCUUGGCAAAAAGGUGGUAGGUGUUUUUGUUUUAUCCUGCAUGUCCUUCUGGAAAUCCAAAUAAUUUUUGUCUUUGUCAUGAAAAAGAAAAGAAGCCUGCUGCAGUCUGCUUUGGUUUUAAUAAAGUGUACACAGUAGCGAAGUGCAUUUUUGGUUUUGUUUGUUUUGAUGCUCCCUUUGAUGUUGGCAUAUGUAUAUAUUUAGAUAUACUGCACUGUUGUACAAGAAUUGUUUUAGUAAAUAACACUAUUUGUAAAAAUUGUUUAUUGUUUUUGGUAUGAAUGCAAAAUAUUAAAGUUGGAGUAUUUAGUUCA